AUGAGCGUGUUUCUGCGAUUGGGGGCUCCCCGGGGUCUCGUCAAGGUCGAGGAGCGCGCUUUGAAUCUGUCGAGGCUGGACCUUAAGUCGGAUUUCCAGGCGGGUUCGGCGUUUGCCUUUGCCGAAAUGGCGGUGCUUCUCCCAGCGUCGUGGCGAUGUAUCCAGUUGUAUCGAGUCCGUCGGUCUCGUCGUACAAUACUGGCUCGAUCUUCGCGAGGUGUUGGUUUGAGGGUUCGGCUAUCAUAA